AUGUGUGGCCUGGCAUCAAUAGAGACGUCCGGGAGUGGAGCCGCACCUGCAAUGAGUGCCAGCGCAGUAAGGUCUCUCCCACAGGUAUUCCUGGUACCAGACGGCCGCUUCAGACAUAUACACCUCAAUGUGGUCGGUCCUCUCCCAGCCAACCAGGAUUACAGCUACGUCCUGACGAUGAUCGACCGGUAUACCAGGUGGCCUGAGGCCAACCACAUCCUGGAUAUCACCGCCGCCACCAUUGCCAAGACCUUCAUCAGCACCUGGAUAUCUUGCUAUGGCAUUCCUGCGACGGUCACGACCGAUCGCGUGUCAACGGCGCCUACACCGCCAACUGAAGGAGGCCCUCAAAGCUUCAUCCUCCAUUCGUCAUUGGGUGGACCAGUUGCCUUUAGCACUCCUGAACAUGCGGACCUCUUUCAAGCAGGAUCUUCAGUGCACCGCUGCGAGAUGGUUUACAGAACCACCAUGGCCAUCCCUGCGGACUUCAUAGUUAGCUCCGGAGACCAGGACCCGGGAGUUUUCAGAAAACAGCUUCACGGCCACAUGGCCCGCAUCCACUCCUGUCCCACUCAACCUUACUUACCAUGCAACCUUCAAGACCGCUCACACAUCUUCGUCAGGCGACCCACCAAGCCACACCUCUGCCCGCCCUACGAGGCACCUUUUCCUGUCGCCAAGCAGGACGGUAAGACCAUCACCAACCGGCAUCUGCGAGGGGGGGACAACAUCAGCAUUGACUGUGUGAAACCUGCACACCUCCAGGAAUAG